CGUGAGCUCGUUAUAUGGGCGUAUAUGGAGCACCCCAACGUUUUGCCCUUCUACGGGGUGUACCUUCUCAAUGGUAUAGAUGUCAAUGCGUGUCUGAUCUCGCCCUUGAUGGACAACGGAAGUCUUGCUCAAUAUCUUGCGAACUCUCGAGAUGUCAGUCGCGGGCCUUUGCUAUAUGACAUUUCCAAGGGACUGAAGUACCUCCACGCGCAAAGUAUUAUUCACGGUGACAUAAAACCGGAGAAUAUACUCAUGGAUGUAGACGGUAAAGCGUGUAUUGGCGAUUACGGCCUCGCCAGCGUGAACGGAGCCAGCCAAGAUUGGACGAGUAGAUCUCAGAGACUCCACGCUGGAACUGUGCGCUACCAAGCGCCAGAGUUGUUGCUUGACGAUGCACAAGUUAGCAGAGCAACCGAUAUGUACGGGUUUGGUUGCAUAAUUUACACGGUCAGUCGAGUCAUUCCGUUACCUUGCCUUACGAUCACCUCUCAUCAUGAAUGGUUUUAA